ACUUUGACAGGCAAGAUAAAGAAAGAUACCAGAAUCUGGGAAUAAAAAAAAAAAAGUCAGAAGAAGAAAUUAAGUUUUACAAGAUUUUGUGAGAAGAUUUAGCUAAAUUAAUUAAAAUUAUUAACGUUGAAUAUGUCCACACCUGCUCGUAGACGUCUAAUGAGAGAUUUUAAAAGGCUUCAAGAGGACCCACCAACUGGAGUUUCUGGAGCCCCAACAGAUAAUAACAUUAUGAUCUGGAAUGCUGUGAUUUUUGGUCCACAUGAUACUCCUUUUGAAGAUGGAACAUUCAAACUGACCAUAGAAUUUACGGAAGAAUAUCCGAAUAAACCCCCAACAGUUAGAUUUGUUUCGAAAGUUUUCCACCCCAAUGUUUACGCUGAUGGUGGGAUUUGUUUAGAUAUUUUACAAAACAGAUGGAGCCCUACUUAUGAUGUUUCAGCUAUACUUACAUCAAUUCAGUCUUUACUGAGUGAUCCAAAUCCAAAUUCGCCAGCAAACUCAACAGCUGCUCAACUGUAUAAAGAAAAUCGUCGUGAAUAUGAAAAGCGAGUAAAAGCUUGUGUGGAACAAAGUUUUAUUGAUUAACUAUUCGCUACGUUACAGACUUCAUUUAUUUUCAUAAAUAAUAAUAAACUUAUAAACAAAAACAUACAUAAAAAAAUAACAAGUACAUAAUUUCAAGAAAAAUGCAAACAAAAUAUCCUAAAGUAAUUGAAGAAACAGAAAAUGAGAUAAAAAGUAUUUAAAUGCAAAUCCACACUAAAAAACAUCGUUUUUUUACAACAAAUCAUUUAAGAAAAAAAGCUUCGUCAAAUCAAAAAAAUAACGUAAACCAUUUUUCACUGAUAAUACAAUAUUUGUAUGCGUUUUCAUAAAAGGUGAACAACAAAUUUAGUCUCUAACAUAAAGGGUAUCCAGUUUCCUUUUGCUACUUCAAAAAUAUCAAAAAAAUGAUUUAUGUAUUUUUAUCUGCUUUUUAUUAUCAGUGUACAUGAUGUCAUGUUUAAAUCAAAUAUAAAAUAAAUAUUCAAAUAAUCCUUAAUAA